ACAACCAGCAACACAACCGCUUGCUUGAGCAUUGAGACUGUGAAAGAUGAGUAUUCCUCAGUUAUCCCAGGUCCAGGAGGAUGAUCUAGUCCAUGCAUUGCACCACUAUGCCCUCUCCAAUGGGCUGGUGAUGUACCCAGUUGGAUUUAAGCCACACUCCCCAGUCGCUGCUCCAGUGACGUUGUACCCAACACCAUUCCCUCAACAGGCGUUUGAGAAGGCCCAGAUGGUACAGGAGAAGUUCAAUGAACUCUACGCUAAGGUCUCGAGUGACGUUGAGUGGCUGAGUGCUGUUUUAGACUCGUUUGCCCAAUUCGAUGCAGGAUUCACCGGUAAGCUAUGGGAGAGUUACAAGAAGGCAAAGGAAAUUGGUAUUAAGCAAAACGUUUCCCUCGGUGUCUUUAGAUCGGACUAUAUGCUUGAUCAUGACCAAAUCAAGCAGGUUGAAUUCAACACCGUCAGUGUGAGCUUUGGAGGACUAAGCUCCAAAGUUGGUGAUUUGCACAAGUACUUGAAUGACUCUGGCUACUACACAAGUAGUGCUUCAAGGUUCUAUCCAGACGAGACCAUCCCGGUGUCUGAAUCUUCUGUGAAGCUUGCUGAUGGUUUAGCUGAUGGUGUUAAGCACUAUAACAAGAGCCAGGGCACCAAGGAUACCGUUGUGCUUGUUAUUGUUCAAGAAGGUGAGCGUAAUGUCUUUGAUCAACGUCAUUUGGAAUACUCACUAUUAAAAAACCACGGAAUCGUAUCACGUCGUAUCACGUUACAUGAGCUUACAGACAAGACUCGUGUUGGCCAUGACCGUCGUUUGUUCCUGAACAGCACGGAUGAGGAAGUAUCAGUUGUGUACUUUAGAUCCGGAUAUGCACCAACAGACUUCAAAACUGACCAGGAUUGGACAAACCGUGUAACGUUGGAGACUACAUUGGCCAUCAAGGCUCCUUCAUUGCUGACCCAGUUGAGUGGUGCAAAGAAAAUUCAACAAAUCUUGACGGAUGAGAAGGUACUCUCCAGGUUUAUUAAGUCUGAUGUCUCCGAGUUGGUGUCAACAUUUGUCAAGAUAUACCCAUUGGAUGGUUCAGAUCUUGGUAAAGAGGCUAAAAGACUGGCAUUUGAGUCUCCAGAGGAGUACGUGUUGAAGCCUCAGCGUGAAGGUGGUGGUAAUAACAUUUACAAAGAAGAUAUACCUGGUUUCUUAAGAUCUAUUCCAGAAGAUGAAUGGCAAGGUUACAUUCUAAUGCAAUUGAUCCAUCCACCUCUGAAUAAGAAUAAACUCGUCCGUGAGGGUGAGGUAUUUACAGAUGAGAUAGUUUCUGAGCUUGGCCGUUUCGGCACCAUCUUAUUCGACCAAUCGACUGGUGAGGUUAUCAAAAACUCUGAUGCUGGCUGGUUGUUGAGAUCGAAAUUCUCAAACUCCAACGAAGGUGGUGUUGCUGCAGGGUUUGGAUGUGUUGAUGGUGUUGUUCUCCAAUAGAUGGAGCCGCAUUUAGAUAUCCACCUCACGAAUUAGAAUUCCUUCGUCUCCUUUGCCGAGGGCUCCAAGAACAUCAACGCUCUUGUUUGUUAAAUCUAUGGAAUUGUAGCCGAGAA